AGAGGAGAGAGAUUCAGCGAGAAGAACCGAGACCCGGCGAGUGAGAGCACGAUUCUCCCUGCGGAUCCGCUAAGGACAAAGCGAAAGGUUUUCAUGAUAUUGAAGCUCCAUACAAAUAUCUCAGCUUGGUGGAGGUAUGACAUUAACCAGGGGCUCCUUCACUUAUUCCAGUGGAGAAGAAUACACAGGAGAAUGGAAGGAAGGUCGGAGGCACGGUAAAGGAGAGCUGAAGUUUGCUGAUGGCACCUGUUAUAAAGGUCACUUCGAGAAUGGCCUGUUCCACGGAUCAGGGGUGUUAGUAUUUCCGGAUGGAUCCAGGUAUGAGGGUGAAUUCGCUCAAGGAAAAUUCCAAGGGGUUGGAAUCUUCAGCAGAUUUGACGGGAUGAAGUUUGAAGGGGAAUUCAAAAGUGGCCGUGUUGAAGGAUUUGGGCUGCUGACAUUUCCAGAUGGUUCCCAUGGUGUUCCACGGAAUGAGGGAGUUUUUGAGAAUAACAAGCUUCUGAAACGUGAAAAGUGUCAGGCUGUGGUGCAGAGAGCCAAGAACUCUGCAUCCACUGCCCGAGGCCUCUCUGUAUGAAAAAACUGACCUCAGUGAGAACACCCCUAACUGUGGCUUCCAGAUCAGGCCCCCAAAUACAAUACAAAUUGCACAGGCACAAGUAAAAAGAGCAACAUGGAUCAGUGUUCAGGGGUGAUCUCUGCCUUCAAACAAAGGAGCUUGAAAAUAUGUGAGAACAAUCAUACCCUCAGGGAUGGAUGAAAGACUUACCAUUCCACACGUCUCUAUCUCUCUCACAUUGUUUCUCUGCCUUGGUUUCCUCUGUGGCUUAAGAACAUCACAAAAUUAUAUCAGCUUGAGAUGGGGGGCAUGGAGAAACUUAGGCAGGUAUAGGGACGGUCAGUAUGUGGGCGUUUUUUGUUUUUUUUAAGAACUGAAUUUGCCUUUGUGAGCCUGUGAUUGUAUAACUUAUGUUUGAUUAUAUCGGUUUUAGUCGUUACUGUACAGGGUUCCCACGGUCAUGGACAACCUGGAAAUAUCAGGGAAUUUAAAAACUGGCAUUUCUAAAGUUGGGAAAGGUAUGGAAAUAAGAAAAAAUAUAAAAAGUCGUGGUCAUUUCUAUAAUGAAAUACUGGAACUUGACAUAAGUUGUCAUCUGCAAUCUCUGUGAAGUGAAUAAAAAAAAAAAAAAAUCCAGUAAUCAUGAAUGAUGAGAGGAAAAAGAGGAGAAAAAGUGUGGGGAACCUAUUUUUACUUAUUUGCAUCAACAAUCAACUCUUUCUUUUUUGCACAUUUGCCUAAGUUCUUGCAUAAAGAGUCACGUUACUUUUAGAUAA